UGAUGUCAAAAUACUUGUGGGUGUGACCAUUAAGAUUUUCUUUUCGCCACACAAGGAGCUCAGAAAGCUCUCGAGCCUGCAAAGGAGAGUAGCAGCAGCAACAAGAAUCUGCUUUUUCUCUCCUUCACACACUCUCUCUAUCUCUCUCUGGCACCAGCUCUCCGUGGAGUCUCAACCAGGAAGCAUUGGUGAAUGUGAACAGCAGGCAGUUUACACACUAAGAAAGAAGAAGUGGACGAGGUGCUUAACUACAGUCAGUUUAAUAUUGCCCUCAUCACGCUGAGCAAAUGUUACACUUUGGUCAGUCUGAAAUAUGGAAGAAGGAUGUUGAAAAGCCACUUUGGAAACUUGCGGAAAGUGGGAUCGGAAGGCUGCCUGCUGGACUGCGAGUUCCUGCCGUGGACACGACAAAUCCUCCGCCGGUGCAAGCGCUCGACGAGCGACUGCCAGGAGGCGAAGGAGCAGGCUGGGAUGGAGGCUGCAGCCGGCAGGGAGACGAAGGCGGCAGGGGAAGAGCAGAAGGUGGUCAUCCCGGAGGUCAGGAUCGAGAAGGAGUACAGCCUGAGUGUGGACACCCUGCAUCAACUGGCCGGUGACAGCUUCGACGAGUCGGACAAGAGCUGUGACAGCCUGGGGCUCGGCAGUCAUGACACGGCCUAUCGCCUGGGCGUGGAGGACCUGGGCAUGUGGCGCACGUACAGUGAUGGCAACCUGGCGCGCGAUGGGGAGAGGCGGGACUUCAUCUCCAGCAGCCAGUUGAAGAGCAAGCAGAAAACAGAGAGUGGCUGGAGCUUGCCUUCACCAAAGACGUUGAGAAAGGAGAGAGCGUUGGCGAGGGUGACCGCUGCCAAGGAACAUCUGCGCUCCAUCUUCACAGGAUCCCGCAAGCACCUGGUGUCCAGUGCGGAAUCUGUCCUCGGAUUAGACUGUCCAGACAAUGGUGGCAGGCUCAGGCGGAAGAUGCACCUGGGAAACCGCUUGGACUUUCUGCGCAGGUGGAACGAUUCAUCUGGAAGGAAUGACUUGAAUUCCCUGAGGCCUACAGUAGAAGAAGCCGUACAGUGGGGAGAGUCACUGGACAAGUUACUGGCACAUCGAUACGGCCUAAUCGCCUUCAAGGGCUUCUUGCGCACAGAGUUCAGUGACGAGAACAUUGAGUUCUGGCAGGCGUGUGAAGACUACAGGAAGACCAAGUCCAACUCCAAACUCACAUCCAAGGCCAAGAAGAUCUUCGAGGAGUUCAUUGCUACCCAUGCCCCGAGGGAGGUCAACCUCGAUUCGCACACAAGGGAAGUGACCUCCAAUAACAUCCUGAGCCCUACCCGCUCGACCUUUGACCUGGCUCAGAAGCGGAUCUUCGGCCUAAUGGAGAAGGACUCCUACCCACGAUUUCUCCGCUCUGAGUUCUACAUGGACUUGUCGAACCCUAAGCAGAUGAACGGAGUGGCGUAGGGAGUCGGUGAGGUGGGAGGGAAGAUUCCAGAUGCCCAUCUUCCGCCACUUGCCCCAGCUUGCAUGCCUCCCCCCCUCGCCCGACACCUAUAGCAGGUCCUUUCGGGAUAGAACCUCAGGCAUGUACUCCUCAAUGUGUUGCCCGAUUCAUAAGAAGAAUUGACAGACGCGACCGGGAAUGACAAUCAGUGAUGACUGGUCACAGCCAGAACCAUCGUCAAGGAGAUUGUCCAUUUUUCUUUUUAUCGUUGCCACAGUGACCUUAUUGUGCCAUGCAUGUCUAUUGUCUCUGACUAUCCAAGAUGGCAGACAGCUGAAGAAGUUAAGGACAGGGAUAUUUGAUGCCUUGCUGUAGUAAACACCCAUUUAUUUAUUGUUUCCCUGCCACUGUGGGCAGCAAGCACUUUGAGAAAGGUCAAUACUUUUACUCACUUGGAUCUAGAGUGGGGCCGGGGGCAAUGUUGAUGGAUUUUGAUUCAGUUCUCAAUAACCCAUUGGCAUUUUAGGAUUAAUGAUACCUCUCUCCCCUACUUGGACUGAGGCUAAUUCACUGCAAACACUUUAUGUUCUUUUGAGUUUUGUUGGGUUUUUUUUAUUGUAUUCUGACGAGCCAACAUCCCUUUUCUUUCAAUUCCUGCCUCCACUCCGGUUAUCAACUGCCACCACCCACCCCGUGCUCCUCAUGCCAAGACCCCAUGUUUAACGGCGCAGAGAGUUGUUAUGUUUGCCAGCCAGGAAAACCUGGGCAAGGCCAUUCAACUGCUGGAGGCAUCAUCGGAAAAUUGCCAGCGCCUUUUAACCAGCCUCCCGCAUGCAUUGACCAAAUCUGAAUCUUCACCCCACACUUCCACUGGGUGUUGUGGGCGAGGGACGGGGUGGAGAAGGAGGGAGGGGAGGAGGAGAUGGGCAGCUGGUUCAUUUCUUCCUCCCUCGUGCACGUGCUGUCACCUCAGCGUGUUUGAGCCGCGAACUCGAUAGGCAGCUGGAGCCCUCCCGAUUUAUACCAGCUCAAUUUUCUCCCGGACAGAGCAUGGAAGCCUCUGAGCCAUCAUUGUAUCUCGCGAGGCUGCCGGCUCACCCAGCACCUCGGGGGUGGUCUGAGGUUAUGUUUGUAGGAGGGUUCUUCCUGAAUGCCCUCAGCAGCUUGAAACAACCUAUCCAGGAGAAUCCAUCACCACGGACAUGGGCAGCAACACUCGAUGUCCAAUGUUUCCACAUCCUUCCCAUCCGCCAUCUCUAACUCCAUGACGAGAGGAAUGAUUGAUUGACUUUAGACGUUGGGGUCCUCUGAUGGUUGUGCGCUGGACUUGGUUGACAGGCUUCCUAGUAUCGACUAAGAAACAGGAACAUGAUCAUUCCAGCAGGAAUAUUCCCAUGUGGAUCUUCUCCAUCGCACACUUUCACAUUCUGGACAGAUUGGUUCAAAUCCAUUCUUCACCUGUCUAUCCAGAGCAACUGGACGUGGCCCUCACUUGACUCUGGUAGAUGACAGCCAAAGAGGGUUUCACUAGAAGUGGUGGUUGCACUAUCGGAGUUUGGUUGGGGGAGGGGUAGGAGCAUGGUGUUUGCAGUAACAUUAGGAGUUAAACAAACCAGAUCCAGGGAGCUAAAGAAUGGGGUUACCAUUCACAUUCCCAAUCCCACAUUCCCAAACAUAUAUUCCCAGAAAUUCACAUUCCCAAUCCCACAUCUAUUCAUACUAACAGUCGCUGUCACAUUCCCAAACCUUUCACGUUCCCAAUGCUAUACGCAUUCCCAAUUCUGGUACAGUGACAAUCCCGAUCCCAAUCCCAUUCACCUUCAUAUUUCCAAGACCAUUCACAUUCCCAGUCCAAUUCCCAACCCUACAUUCCAACCCCAUUCAUAAUCUCAAUCCCAUUCACAUUCUCAAUCCCAUUCACCAUCUUAGUCAUAUCCCCAGUCCCAAUCCCAUCACAUUCCCAAUCCCAUUCCAAUCUGAAAUUGAAGGGCUGAUUUUAACACUCUCCACCUUGUGGAAACAGGGUGGGUGGGGGGUGGGGU